AUGUUUCGCCUUGCGUGGGCUUUGGCAGCUGUGACGCUGGCAGCGCGGGCGCGGGCGUUUCUGAACUGCGAAGAUGACGAGGCCUGGUCGGGGCUCCGGGCGCUGCUGGCGCAGAACGCCAACGACGACUUCCCCAACGACCCGCGGCUCGCCGUGGCCGCGGAGCAGCUCCUCCAAAGGUUCGGCAUGGAGAUGGCGGUGGACCCUGCGGCGGCAUAUGGGGCCUCUGUGGGCAUGCGCCAGUUCCAACAGAGCUGCAACGCCCACCCUGGGGACGUUGCUGAGGGCUUUUGCCUUUACGGGGCGGUGUGCGCCCUGUGGAUUAUCGCCCGCCACGACCACACAAACCGGAUUAACCUGCUGCAGCAUGCAAAUUUCCUGCUGGGCUCCACGAUGAACCACGUCCUCGACUUCAUGGAAAGCUCUGACUGGCCGUUGUCCUUGGUGGACAUCGUGGCCAACUUGGAGGCGGCCAAGAAGGGCCAGGACUUUCUGCUGCCCGCUCAGGUGCGGCAGCAAUUCGCUAUGCCCAAGGCAGGUGCCAAUUUGAGCUCUUUGCGCAUCGCAGAGAAGUUCGAGCACCCGCCCAUCCGCAUCGAGGUCUGGGAGCUCGGGGUGCACGCCUCCCUCUCGGCGGAGCCCAUCCAGAUGUGGGCGCGGAUCCUGUCUGGGGCCGAGUUCAAGUAUCGGAACCUCAUCCAGGACCAAUACCCGCAGUGGCUGCCGGACAAGUGUCAGACUUUGUACUGGCACCCACAGCUGGAAUGCAUUCAGCUGGAAGAUGAGGACAUCACGGACCUGUUCCGGCGGCGCAUCCCCAACAGCGCCACCUCAAAGGAGCCCAUUGUGGACAUGGACGGCUUCAUCGCCGACUUUGAGAAGGUGGCAGCUGCGCGGCUGAACUUCGUGGACAUUCUGCUGUGCACGGUGCCCUACUUGUGCCUCCUGCUGGAGCCAGCUGAUUUGCCCACCCUGGGCUACUUCGGGCAUCCCUUGCUGUUCAUGGUCCCAGAUGACCCAGAGGUAAGGGACUCCUACUGGCAGCGCUUCACGGACAUGGGGAAGAAGAAUCACGUGGAGUUCGCGGUGAGCGAUCCUUUCUUGCAGAUGCAGUUUGAGUACCAGCUGGGCUCGAAGCUGCCGGCCAUACGCACCCACGCGCUCUACACGGGAGCUACUCACUUCCCGCAGCGCACGGAGGAGGUGCUCGUUCUGGACCGUCCGCAUGAGGCGUUGCUGCUUUGUACGCUGCAGCGCCUGGCCGGCGGCGAGCCUCAGGAGUGGCCGCUGUCCGAGGGUCGGCUACGAGCGGCCAGUAGCGAGACCUACCCCUACAGAUUCAUCACCAGGGCCCUGACGGACAAGACAUUCAGCAGCUUCGCGCAAUUCCGGGCUGUGGUGCUCUGGCCUUAUGACAUGGACCUCAUUACCUUCUACGAGUUCUACGGGAUGAACAUGCCUCUCUUUAUGCCUGCGCACCUCUCGAAGUACUUGUUCCACCAGGACCAUGACUCGUACAACUAUCGCUGGGGCCAGCGCCCGGAGGCGGAGAGCGGCCUGUGGCCCGGUGAGGCCGCCAGCCCCUUCGAGGAAUCUUCGCCCACGGCGGCGCGGCUCAUCGCCCGGCACCCCACUGAAGAAAGGUGCUGCGUUCGAAACGACCCAGCCUGCUGGGACGAGAUGUACACCCGCCAACUCUGCUGCGGUGGGGAGUUUGGCAACGAGACGCGGAAGGCGCGGGGGGAUCCCUCCUGCUGGAUGGACGGCUACUCCUACGAGGAGUGCUGCAAAGAAGAGCCCAAGCACGGGUGCUGGGAUUCCAACUUCGCGCCUGCAAGGUGCUGUGUAGACAAGGAGCUGGACCCCAACGAUCAUUCGGUGAAUGUCCUCCAACUGGACUUCAGUGCUGCCUUUGCCCGCGCGAUGACGCACACUACCAGUGAUGUGUCGGAUUGCCAGGGCAGGCUGUUUGCCUUUUGGCAUGAUGUCAAGCGCCUCUCGACCGCGCUGAACAUGAGUCACACCUAUGGCCAGGUUGGCCAGCCCCCGACGCCAGAGCAGAUGGACAUGAUGCUUCAACAGGUCCUUCGUUGGACGAAGGACUCUGAAGAGUGGGAGCGGGACAGCGCUGAAUGUCCUGAAGGCGCCAUUGCCGCCAUUGACUUGACCGUCAGUGCGCUCGACCGGGACGUGGACGAGUCCACGGCGCGGGCCGCCUUUGCCUUGCGCCAAGGCCUUGCUGCCAAAGCCCGGCCGUCGACGCGGUCGGAGACGGUUCCCUGGAGGUCUCAGGACCUUGUGGUGGAGCAUGUGCCAAGACUGCUUGGCUUGGAAGGCAGGCAUAGCUGCCACGGCAGCAGCUUGAGAAUCUUCAUGUACCGCUUGCCAGAAUAUAGCCACAUGCUGAAGCCGGUGCUGAAAUGCUCCCAGAAGAUGUCGCAGUGCUCUGCCUCGGUUCACCUUCACCGCUGGCUGGAGCGCGGCAGCUGCCUCACCGAUGACCCUGAUACAGCGGACCUGUUCUUCUUCCCGGCCUACGAGGCGUGCUACAACGAGACCAGCUGCGCGGGGGUGCGGGACACGGAGCGCUGCUUUCCGGAUCACUUCGAUCCCAUCGAUCUCCCGUACUUCAGCCGCCGUGGGGGUCAGGACCACAUCUUCGUCUUCGCCUGCAACUUGCUGCCCUUCAUGGAUCCCAUCAUGAUGCGCGCAAGGAACACCAUCAUGAUCACGGUGGAGUCAUAUCAGGCAGUCAACGUUGCAGGGCCCAACAUGCUGGCAUGGCUGGUGCUCGCCAAAGACGUGCUCAUCCCGGGCUACAUCCCUGCUUGGCGCGUGGAGGCCAUGCUGGCCUUCAACCGGCCCAUGUACCAGCGAAGCAUCGUGGCGACCUUCCACGGGCACUCCAGCAGCAGCACGCUGGUGGGGCACAUGUACAAGCGCUCCCCUCUGGCCGAGGUGCGUGAUCGUAUCAUCGGCUACUUCGGGAAAGAGCCUCAGUGCAGCGCAGGGCCGCCGGUGCGGGACUACUUCAGGCGCUCUGGCCUGAGCCGGUUUUGCCUCAUCCCUGCCGGGCUUACAGCCUGGACCAUCCAUUUGUACGAGGCCUUCUUCUUCGGAUGCGUGCCGGUGAUCUUAUCGGAUGAAGUGUCGGUGCCCUUCCAAGAGGAGAUCGACUGGCCAAGCCUUUCCUUGAAGGUGCCCACAUCCAUCACAAUGGAGGAGCUGCAUGGAAAACUGCUGAACGUGAGCAUGCGCCAAUUGAAGUUGAGCCGGGGUGGAUUGGGCAAAAUGUCUGACAAGCUCACCGCUGCCUUGCCCAUGAAUGUUGGCUUCUCGGAUUACUUCCGGUUCCCGGGGGUCCAGCACUUUGAGUCGAUACCAGACUUGCUGCGACAACUUCCAGCCACGAACUUCUUUGAGGUGGUGCAAACUAUGUCUCGCUUCAAUCACGACUCCCUGGUGGAGACCUCCAGGUCUUGGCGACUACUACUGAAGAGGGCGACUGGCUUUGAGAGCGAGUUCUUCUGA